AUGGCUACGUCUGGCAUGGGCGGGAUGAGGUGGGGUGAGUCAGGUGCCGCCCACUUCGAGGGCCUGGCGUCGUGGCGGAUAUCGUUGGGUUCUCGUCUUGCCUGUGUGUGCCCCCAAAGAAAGACCCCACAGCCCCCAAAGAAAGACCCCACAGCCCCCAAAGAAAGACACCCCACAGCCCCAAAGAAAGACCCCACAGCCCCCAAAGAAAGACCCCCACAGCCCCAAAGAAAGACACCCCCACAGCCCCAGAAAGACACCCCCCACAGCCCCAAAGAGAGACACCCCCACAGCCCCCAAAGAAAGACACCCCACAGCCCCCAAAGAAAGACACCCCCACAGCCCCCAAAGAAAGACACCCCCACAGCCCCCAAAGAAACCCCACACAGCCCCAAAGAAAGACCCCACACAGCCCCCAAAGAAAGACACCCCCACAGCCCCCAAAGAAAGACACCCCCACAGCCCCCAAAGAAAACCCCCACAGCCCUAAAGAAAGACCCCACACAGCCCCCAAAGAAAGACACCCCCACAGCCCCCAAAGAAAGACACCCCAAAGAAAACCCCACAGCCCCCAAAGAGAGACACCCCCACAGCCCCAAAGAAAGACACCCCACAGCCCCCAAAGAGAGACACCCCCACAGCCCCAAAGAGACACCCCCACAGCCCCCAAAGAAAAACCCCCACAGCCCCCAAAGAAAGACCCCCACACAGCCCCCAAAGAAAGACACCCCCACAGCCCCAAAGAAAGACACCCCCACAGUCCCCAAAGAAAACCCCCACAGCCCCCAAAGAGAGACACCCCCACAGCCCCCAAAGAAAGACACCCCCCACAGCCCCCAAAGAGAGACACACCCCACAGCCCCCAAAGAAAGACACCCCCACAGCCCCAAGAGAGACACCCCACAGCCCCCAAAGAAAGACACCUCACAGCCCCCAAAGAAAGACACCCCACAGCCCCAAAGAAAGACACCCCUGACACCCCCACAGCCCACAAAGAAAGACCACAGCCCCAAAGAAAGACACCCACAGCCCCCAAAGAAAGACAACCCCCACAGCCCCCAAAGAAAACCCCACAGCCCCCAAAGAAAGAACCCCACCCCCAUAGUCAACCUAAAUUAUUUUACUAUUAACUUGCUUUUACAAGAUGAUUCACGUCGGUAGAAUUUAAAUACAAUAUUCAGGUGUACUUCAGAGGUAAUCAACGACAUUGUUGGCUCUCCUUGUGGUCGAAUCGAUUUCCUGUUGAUUGUGUACCUGCACUUCUCUACCACCAUUACUACCACAAUUAUCAUCACCACUACCACCACUAUUAUCACUUCUACCUGGUCCGUUCCAUGGUCCCUGGCCUCCACACCUCCCUGUGGUCCGUUCCAUGGUCCCUGGCCCUCCACACCCUCCCUUAGUGGUCCGUUCCAUGGUCCCUGGCCCUCCUUAGUGGUCCGUUCCAUGUCCCGGCCAAUCACCAGCAGGAGGUCGUCCCCAGCCACCGUCAGGAUAACUGACACUCUGGCCAUUAGUGUCUUGGGUCCCCUCCACGCCCGGCCAGAGAUCCACGCCCAUGCAAGGAUCCACGCCCAUGCAGAGAUCCACGCCCAUGCAGUGGGUUCCACGCCCAUGCAAGGGAUCCACGCCCAUGCAAGGAUCCACGCCCAGACAUAA